GUUCUACUCCAUCGUCUUUGGCGGCACCUUGCUCGCCAUCAAUGCCGGCUUCAUCAACGUCGUCACCCUGGCUGGUGUCUACUCCGUCACGGUUUCGCACUUGACCGGCAACGUCUCGAGAAUCGCCAUCUCGCUCUAUCAGUGGGACAUCACCACCCUGUCCCUCGUCAGCUCCAUCAUCAUGUCGUUCAUGUUUGGCUCGUUCCUUAGCGGGUUUCUCGUCGGCGACAACAAGUUCCAGCUCGGCAAGGGCUAUGGGGUGGUGCUGCUCAUCGAGUCAGCCGCCAUCUUUGGCAGCUUCAUGUUCCUCAAGCGGGAGCUCGUCAUUGGCGAGUGGUGCGCCGCCUUUGCCUGUGGUCUCCAGAACGCCUUGGCGACCAGCUACUCGGGGGCCGCCGUCAGAACGACCCACAUGACCGGCAUCAUCACCGAUAUCGGCAACAUCAUCGGCCAGGCCUGCCGCCGAGACAGCCACGCUGAAAUCUGGCGGCUCAAGGUGCAUGUCCCGCUGCUCUUUGGCUUCCUCGUUGGCGGCGUUUUGGGCCAGAUGGCCUACAUCCACUUCAAGGAGAACUCGCUCUUGGUGCCCUGCUUCUUCAUCGGCGGCAUGGGCGCCCUCUACCUGAGUCUGCCCUUUAUCCGCCAGGCCAAGGUGGCUCUUGAGGAGGCCGCCCAUCUGGUUGCCGGCGACGGCCGGCCCGUUGUCGAGAUUCGCUAUAUCGGCGAUCCCUCCAAAGCUGAUAUGUACGCCAAGACCGUCAACCACGACGUCGAGCGCGAGAUUGGCGACUUUAUCCGAACACUGGGUGACGUCGAGGGCCAGGGCGGCAGCGGCGGCAAUGGCCCAAGAAGCACCAAGAGCGCACACCCAAAGACCCCCACCGGCAAAAAGUAUGAGCCCCUCGCCGAUGUCCGCGAAGACGAGCACGAGGUCCUCUACUCAAGCUCCCCAAAGGACUCGCCGCCCGGCUACGAGGCUGAUCCUGUCAAGCACUGAUGAGGCUGCGACAUGACAGGUUUCUGAAUGGCUUGGCCACGUUGUCGCCUUGUUGGGCCAGGAGCACCCCGCAUGUCGCACAUUUGCGUCUGCUUAAUUGCUCGCACUCACCAGCCCAGCAGAU